AUCGAUUCCUUUAUCGGAUUCCAGAACCGUCAUCCAUCUCUACGCAGCAGCAGUGAUACGAGAACCGAUAGCGCUUCGGCGGCGUGCAGCGUACCUACCUGCCUACUAUUCCCUUUCCCUAGACCAGCAGAGAUAAGAGCAGAGGAAGGGCCGAGAAGAUGAACGGCUUGCCCGGAGCUGGAGCGGGCCCCGCCGCCCCGAAUGGGUCCUCGCAAUACGACCCCAACGACCCGAACAUCAAGAGAUUGAACGCGAUGAUGGAGUCCUGCUUCGGCAAAGCCGCCAUCUCCGGCGUCAUGGGCUUCGGCAUGGGCGGUCUAUUUGGCAUGUUCAUGGCGUCCAUGGCCUACGACACACCCUUCCACACCCCGGUGCCGGGCGCGCCACCCGGCACGCCCGGCGCCGCGCCGCAGGCGAUCACGUCGCUGCCGCUGCGGCAGCAGCUCAAGAUCGGGUUCAAGGACAUGGGGUCGCGGUCGUACAGCACGGCGAAGAACUUCGGGCUCGUCGGGCUCAUGUUCGCCGGCAUCGAGUGCGGCAUCGAGGGCUACCGCGCCCGCAACGACAUGUUCAACGGCGCCGCCGCCGGCUGCCUCACCGGCGGCAUCCUCGCUCGCAACGGCGGCCCCGCCGCCGUCGCCGGUGGCUGCGCCGCCUUCGCCGCCUUCAGCGCCGCCAUCGACGCCUGGCUGCGCCAGCCGAGGGACGAUUAGACAGCGAGAGGAGGGCCCCUGGUGGCAAACCAAGAGAGGCGGGGCGGCGUUGUACGAGUACGGAAUAUUCCUUUCCUGCGGACUCGAAGCGGGUCACCUCACCCCCUUCGCUUUUCUAUAUGGCUAGCAUUGGGUCGGUAGGCUGCAUAGCAUCACGGCGUUACGGAUUUCCACGAAUCUAUAGACGAGAGGGCGGGAAGAGGUCAAAGUACGGGGGCACACACAUUCUCCGCUUAGGACACGAACUUUGGAUGGUUUGGAGGUAUGUGUAUGAGUACAUACUUCCGUAGACGGCACUGGGCAAAGGGAGAUGAGUUUGCUGGAAGAAAUGCUGAAGCUGUACACAUAUCGAUACGGUUGCCAUCGACGCGACGUCAGAUUCGAUUAGAUGUUCUCGGACUGCUCGAAACCGUGCGGCUCACGACGGGGGCAAAAGCACAUGUGGGUUAAUACACGGCUCGAUAGGGAGAUAAACAUUCGCCGAACAAGUCCCGAGCGACGCCAGAAAAAAACCCCCCCCAAGCCCUGUGGGCAUCAUCAUCGCGUCGCUGAGCAAUUAAUUCUAUUCUUCAUCCAGUAUUGGUAGUCGUGUAGCAGUAGACAAUGAGCUACUUGUUAUCCUCAUGUCCAUCCGUCGAUCUCGUUCCGUCGGGCCCCCACGACGCUCGUAAAAAGUCAUUCCGUCCCGCCCGUCCCUCUCGUCCAGUCCCUCCCGUCCAGUCCCUCCCGUCCAGUCCC